AUGGACCACAGUAAUGUAAUUAGUGGUGCAACAAAAGGAUCAUCUAGUGUAGCUCAUGAAAACGCCAGUCUUUUUUUCGCCAGAAAAAACGUCCGUCUUUUGUUGGUUGGUCACGAAAGAACUUCACUCAUGUCCCUUAAACAAGAAUUCGAACAACAAUUUCAUAAAGAUGAAAACCUUACAGUGGAUUCAGCGAGAGAGGCUAUUGCCAAUGGGGUGUGCUACAACUUCCGGAAACCUCUUACCCAUUGUGAUAUUGCAAGUCUAUGCCUGCACAUUCACAGGGCGACUAGUGAAUUUCCCCAACCUUUUAAUAGCAGUACGGAGGGGGAAGAAAGAAAUGAGAAUCAAAGUAAUUUAAAGAGGAAAGCAAGCGAUACUGAUCCGGAAAAUAUUAAAAAAGGAAAGAAUAAGGUGGCAGAAGAUUCAGGUUCUUCAGUUGCCACCAAUAAAGAUGAUGGCUGCAACUCUAAGAAGUCACGCAUGACUUGGACUCCCCGUCUUCAGCAGAAGUUCUUGGAAGCAAUUGAAAAAGCUGGAAAAGAGGCGCGUUUUGCUCCAAACAUCCCAAGGUCUCCAAGUUUGCCAAAUCCUCCCAACUUUGUGGCAGCGUGUUUUGCUCCAAACAUCCCAAGAUCUCCAAGUUUGCCAAAUCCUCCCAACUCUGUGGCAGUGCGUUUUGCUCCAAACAUCCCAUGGUCUCCAAGUUUGCCAAAUCCUCCCAACUCUGUGGCAGCGCGUUUUGCUCCAAACAUCCCAAGGUCUCCAAGUUUGCCAAAUCCUCCCAACUCUGUGGCAACGCGUUUUGCUCCAAACAUCCCAAGGUCUCCAAGUUUGCCAAAUCCUCCCAACUCUGUGGCGCGUUUUGCUCCAAACAUCCCAAGGUCUCCAAGUUUGCCAAAUCCUCCCAACUCUGUUAGUAACUUCGCGGGCUAUACUCUUGCUUAUGUAAAGGAAAGGCUGGAUGCCUGGAACAAUGAAAGAGCACGUGCUAACAACGGAUUCAAGGCUCCUAGUGAAGAACCAAAAGGUGCAGCCAGAGGGCCAAAGGAGUGA